AUGUAUCCAUCAUCAUCUUCUUCUUUUUUGUCAUCGUCGUCACCACCUCUUGAAGCCUUAAAGCCAGAAGAAAGAGGGUUACAUCUAAUCCAACUCCUCAUCAAGUGUGCUAACCAUGCAGCAUCCCGCAACCUCAAUCUAGCUGAUGAAUGUCUUUGCCAAAUCUCACGACUUGCGUCCUUGCAUGGCGAUUCCAUGCAAAGGCUUGCUGCCCGGUUUGCCUCUGCUCUCGCGUUCCGUCUUGUCAAGAAUUGGCCCGGCAUCCACAAGGCCCUAAACUGUGACACCAAACGGCCUAAACUAGAGUUGGACCGGGCUCGCGUCAUCUUCACAAAGGCCUUCCCUUAUCUCAGUUUUGCCUAUGCCAUCAUCGCCCGAACCUUGCUCCAAGCCAUGUCCGCCGAGCGGGUAAUCCACAUUGUGGACUUGGGUUCUGCGGACCUAAAACUAUGGGCUCCACUUUUGCAGAGCUUCGCAGCUUUGCCAGAUGGGCCUCCCCAUUUGAAAAUCACUUGUGUAAAUAGCAAUAAAGCUGUCUUGGAGAAGUUGGGCCCAAAGCUUGUAAAAGAGGCAGAGGCCUUCGACAUGCCAUUCCAAUACAACCCACUAAAUGUUAGCCUAAGAGAGUUGACAAAAGACAUGCUUAAGGUAAGGUCAGGAGAAGCAUUGGGUUUUGUCUCAAUUCUCAAUCUACAUGUCUUAUUGGCCCAAGAUGACCAAGCGGACGCACAAUUUAGGCCCAAAAAGAGCAAUAUUGAUGUCAAGGAUUGUAAGCAAAUGGGUGAGUUUUUAGGCAUGGUAAGGUCAAUGUCCCCAAAAGUGGUGUUGUUGGUAGAACAAGAAGCUCACCAUAAUUUGAACCAUUUGGUGGACAGAUUCAUUGAGGGCUUGCACUAUUAUAGCGCAAUGUUUGAUUCAUUAGAGGCCAGCUUUGGGGGCUUGUCUUCAUCAAGUGAAGAACGCUUCGUUUUGGAGGAGAUGUUUGGGAGAGAGAUUGAAAACAUUGUGGCUUGGGAGGGUGUGGAGAGAGAAGAGAGGCAUGAGAGAUAUGCAUGGUGGAUGGUUAGGUUUUGUGAAGUUGGGUUCAAACCUGUGCGCUUGUGGUUGGAUUCUAUGGAGGAUUCAAAGAAGGGUUACAAGAUUAUUAGCCAUGGAACAAGUUUGAUGAUUUGUUGGAACGAAAGGCCUCUCUAUGCUGUUUCUGCUUGGACUUGUUAGCUAGCUUAGCAUCAUAAUUUCUUUUUUUUGUUGCAAUUAAUUAUAUGAAUACAAGUGCUAUUAAAGAUCAAAUUUGGAGUUAAAAUUAGCAAUUCAAGGCUUUUGUUGUGUUGCUCCAAGUGAUGUUUAUUUAUUUGUGCACGAGGUUUUUUUUUUGGGUCAAAGAGGUUUUUUUUGGAGAUUCGGUUUAUUUAUUUAUUUUUAUACAAGCGAUAUUUUAUUUUAAACUAAUCUAAAUUAUGGAGAGGAGGAUUUGAACUUGAGUGCAGAAUGGGAAGCACAUCCGCUCUAGCCAACUUUGUUAAACACAUAUAUGCUUUAUUUUAGUUUUGAAAUAAGUUAAACAUUUAAUAAUUUAAUAGAAUUCAUAAGUUAAUAUUUGAGUCAUCAAUCUAUCCGGGAAAGAAGAACCUCCAUCGUGGAGGCUCCAUGACAUAAAAUAAUGCA